AGAAAACGAUACUCAUAGCUUCAAUACUAGAUAAGACGGAAAAAGAACUGAACCCUUCGGGCGCUGCUUUUGUUUUGCGAGGUCAUUUCUGACCCACAUUGCCAGAUAGCUCUAACCCGCUACCGCUUACGAACUCAGAUAUACGGCUAAUGCCAGUUCUUACAUAACGGUUCUGCCUCGACGAAAUCUACUUUGGCCGGGCAACGUCGUCGCGGCGCCCACCCAUAUCAGCUGCCGGAGCGCUGCCGGCUCACGUGCAAGCAACCACUGUCCGCAUACAUGCCAGGGCAACAUGCUGAACCCAGCAUGGCGUGCAUCGAGCAGUGUGCAACGCGGGCUCCCAGCAAUUGCUUCCUCUUUGGCGCUUCUUUUAUUAAGCUUGACAGUGGCGGAUUGCCUGGCCGUCGGGAAUGCCGGCGCAGGGGUAGCCAACGGCUCUCCCCCAGCAAAGGCUGCUGUCUACAUGCGCAAAGGCGCAGACGUACUGGACUUGCAAUGGGAUCUUGCUCCUAGGCAGUUAGUACGGCAAUUGAAACAGCUUGGCUAUGAACCUCUAGAAAUUGAAGAUAGCAACCUCGGCGAAAAUGAAAGUGCGUCUAAGCUCGUGGAGCGAGUGCUAAUGUCUUUGCCGCAUGGCAGCACGUAUGUCAUCCCAGCCCAACACGGGCUGCAGUUUUACAGCGAGGCUGAGAACAUGGAUGCAGUCUCUUCGUUUCUCAAGGCGGGUGGCUUGGUCAUCCUCUUGGAUGCGAACGACGAAGACAGCGAGGCGGCCCGACAGUUCAUCACUCAAGCUCUGCAGUACGAGGGUGGGUGGACCUCCUGCAAGGCAACAGGUGACAACGGCCACAGCAGCCUGGGGGUUCCAAAGGCGGUCAUGCCUUACGCGCACUCCUUCCUCCCCUCCGCCGGCUCUGACUCCCCGGGCUCUGCUGCCUGGCCGACCCAGCUGGAGGACGCGCGCUUGUUGCGAGUGAACAGCUGGUGCCACUCGGCGGACAAGCGGGCGCUCACCUGGCCGCUGUACACCACCGGGGACAUGAAGCACGUGGGGGUGCAGGCCUUCGGCAAGCUGGACGUCCCCGGUGCCGUGGUGUGGCUGGGCUACAGCUGGCGCGAUGGCCCCCGUCAAGAGUGGGGUGCGCUGCUGGAGAAGCUCAUCCACGACUUUGCUGAAGGUCGUUACUUUGCAACCCCCCACACCAGCCACAUCUUCAGCACUGGCGUCGAUGACGACUCGGCCUCCAUCGGCGAUGUGCUUGCAGCAGAUCACGAGGAUGCAGCUUCUGUGGAUACCUUGCUUGAAGCAGUGCCGGCGGUAUCAGAACACACGGAGAAAGCAGUGCCAGCGGUAUCAGAAGACACGGAGAAAGCAGUGCCGGCGGUAUCUGAACACACGGAGAAAGCAGUGCCGGCGACCUCAGAACACAUGGAGAAAGCGAUUGCGAACGACACGGAAGAAACAAUAAUGUCAGCGACAUCAGAACACACGGAAGCGCGUGCGAAGGCUGCUGUUUACAUGCGCAACGGCGCAGACGUACUAGACUUGCAAUGGGAUCUGGCACCAAAGCAGUUAGUACGGCAACUGAAACUGCUUGGCGUUAAUCCUGUGCAAAUCGAGGAUAGCAACCUCGCCGAAGGUGACAAAGCAGCUACACUCGUGGAGGACGUCCUGCAGACGUUGCCGCACGGGAGCACGUAUGUCAUCCCAGCCCAACACGGGCUGCAAUUUUACAGCGAGGCUGAGGACAUGGAGGCAGUUUCUUCGUUUCUCAAGGCGGGGGGCUUGGUUAUUCUCUUGGAUGCGAACGACGAAGACGGCGAGGCGGCCCGACAGUUCAUCACUCAAGCUCUGCAGUACGAGGGUGAGUGGAGCUCCUGCAAGGCAACAGGUGACAACGGCCACAGCAGCCUGGGGGUUCCAAAGGCGGUCAUGCCUUACGCGCACUCCUUCCUCCCCUCCGCCGGCUCUGACUCCCCGGGCUCUGCUGCCUGGCCGAUCCAACUGGAGGACGCGCGCUUGUUGCGAGUGAACAGCUGGUGCCACUCGGCGGACAAGCGGGCGCUCACCUGGCCGCUGUACACCACCGGGGACAUGAAGCACGUGGCGGUGCAGGCCUUCGGCAAGCUGGACGUCCCCGGUGCCGUGGUGUGGCUGGGCUACAGCUGGCGCGAUGGCCCCCGUCAAGAGUGGGGUGCGCUGCUGAAGAAGCUCAUCCACGACUUUGCCCAAGGUCGUUACUUUGCAACCCCCCACACCAGCCACACCUUCAGCACUGGCGUCGAUGACGACUCAGCCUCCAUCGGCGAUGUGCUUGCAGCAGAUCACGAGGAUGCAGCUUCUGUGGAUACCUUGCUUGAAGCAGUGCCGGCGGUAUCAGAAGACACGGAGAAAGCAGUGCCGGUGGUAUCUGAACACACGGAGAAAGCAGUGCCGGUGGUAUCUGAACACACGGAGAAAGCGAUUGCAAACGACACGGAAGAAACAAUAAUGUCAGCGACAUCAGAACACACGGAAGCGCGUGCGAAGGCUGCUGUUUACAUGCGCAACGGCGCAGACGUACUAGACUUGCAAUGGGAUCUGGCACCAAAGCAGUUAGUACGGCAACUGAAACUGCAUGGCGUUAAUCCUGUGCAAAUCGAGGAUAGCAACCUUGCCGAAAGUGACAAAGCAGCUACACUCGUGGAGGACGUCCUGCAGACGUUGCCGCACGGGAGCACGUAUGUCAUCCCAGCCCAACACGGACUGCAGUUUUACAGCGAGGCUGAGAACAUGGAGGCAGUUUCUUCGUUUCUCAAGGCGGGGGGCUUGGUUAUUCUCUUGGAUGCGAACGAUGCAGACGGCGAGGCGGCCCGGCAGUUCAUCACUAAUGCUCUAGAGUAUCAAGGUGGCUGGACUACAUGCGGACGUACAGGCGAUAACGGCCACAGCAGCCUGGGGGUUCCAAAGGCGGUCAUGCCUUACGCGCACUCCUUCCUCCCCUCCGCCGGCUCCGACUCCACGGGCUCUGCUGCCUGGCCGACCCAACUGGAGGACGCGCGCUUGUUGCGAGUGAACAGCUGGUGCCACUCGGCGGACAAGCGGGCGCUCACCUGGCCGCUGUACACCACCGGGGACAUGAAGCACGUGGCGGUGCAGGCCUUCGGCAAGCUGGACGUCCCCGGUGCCGUGGUGUGGCUGGGCUACAGCUGGCGCGAUGGCCCCCGUCAAGAGUGGGGUGCGCUGCUGAAGAAGCUCAUCCACGACUUUGCCCAAGGUCGUUACUUUGCAACCCCACACACCAGCCACACCUUCAGCACCGGCAUUGACGAUGAUUCGGCGUCCAUAGCAGAUGCGUUUGCGGAUGACGACGAUGCCUCCAUGGACACUUUGCUUGAAGAAGUGCCAGGGAUCUCGGAAGGCACGGAGGACAUUGUACGUCGCUUCCUGGAGGUCACUCCAGCUACUUACCCGCCGCCACCAACUCCCGCGGCCACCUCUCCUUGCACCACCUGCCAAACCUGCCUUUCCGCUAUGGCUCCAGUUGCCUCUAUCGCACUUGGCAGCACCAACGCCUCCGUCCGCGCCUCUACCUUCCUCGCCUCAUGCCUUGCCGCGUCCUACUCCGCCGCCUCCUGCAACUCCAUCGCCGCCUCCAUUCUGUCUGGCACCACCAACCUCGCCGCCCGCGCCGGCCUGCUGUGCUCCUCCCUCGGCGCCUGCUCCACCGCCUCAUCCUGUACCGCCCUUACUGCUACGCGGCUUACGGCUGGCUCCUCCACCACCCUCACCGGAUCUUUGGACCUAUGCGCUGCUGAGGGCGUCAGUGGAGGCACGGGUACGACAUUACCCAGUACGGCAGUAAUGACGGCAGGAAGCUGUCGUGCAACCUCGGAUUGCGCCGUUAAUGCCACCGGUUACGUGUGUGAGUUUGCGGCUAAUGCAACUUCUAAGCAGACGUGCGAGUGCACCAACGGUCGCGACGUGUGCCGGAACGUGGGCACCUGCAAUGCCUACUGCUCCCUCAACUCCACACUCGCCACUAUUGCCAACCUCAAUGCCGGUUCCACCACCUGCGAUCCCGCGGCUUCGACCGCUCAGUGCGGCGCACUUGAGACCUGCAUGGCUGUGCGGACUUGCCAGCGCUGGGUAUGUGAUGCAACCGCGCAGCAGUUAAAGCAGCAAGCGUGCUCAGGGUUGUGCCAGCCGUUGGCCCUGACACCUGUGUCAGCCCAAGUUGCCAACGAUGGGCAGUCAGUUGCCAUUACCCUCGGCGCAAGUGCGGCAUCGUUCGGCCUUGUGGCAUGCAGCGGUGUCUUUGACGAUGCCAGUACGGCAGCGUUGGGCGGAUCAGGCGCGCUGUGCAGCGUGAGUGGCAUGACACUGACGGCGCGGCUGACGUCCUCGGCAACCCUGCUGGCUGGUCAACAGCUGUCCCUGCGGAACUCUGGCUCUCUCGUUUCGGCAAUCAACUCCACUCGCGCCUUCAACGGCUCCGUCUCAGUGGCAGCAUGCAAGUCCUGUGUCGUGCCGCUGCCCGUACUCACCGGCCCCACCGCCAUCAGCACGCAGCCCUGCACCGCAGUCAGCUCACUGGUCUCAGCGGGGUCACAGGCGCCCGUGUUUGAUGCGUCGCUGUCGGCCGACCCCUCCGGCCGCACCACUUGGGCCCAUGUGCAGUGGAUACUGCCAGCUGGGUAUGGCAGCCCGGCCAGCCGUGCCGUACUGCAAGGUGCUGUUGACCGAACUAACGCGCUUCAGUCAACGAGAGAUCGGCUACGCCUGUCGCUGACAUCCUCCGAGGUGUCAUCGCUGGGGGCCCCCGCGGAGUACCGCCUGCAGGUGGUUCUGGAGUCCUGGCUGGGCACCUCCGCCAACGCCACCCUCGCCUUCACCACUGUCACCGUGGGCAGCAAGCCCGUGGUGCGGGUGGUGGGACCCACCUCGCAGACCUUCCGGAUAGGCAGCGGCCUGCGGGCGGGCGCUGAGGCUGACUCGCCAUGCACAGGUCAAUCGCUGCAGUGGCGUUGGACAUCGCCCUCCGGCUGGGCUGGGCUGCCGGCUGCUGGCGUGCCAGCGCAGCAGCUGUAUGUGGCAGCUCCCGUGCCGGCAGUGCAUGGUCAGACUAUUGGCAUGCGGAUCACGGCCAACUACGGAGGCGACAACACCACGUCUUCCACUGCGGACGUGAUCUUCACAGCUAUUGGCUCAGAACCGAUUGCCACGUUGAGCGGGCCCUCCUCCGAUAUUCCAAACAACAUCUCCUUCGUCCUCAACGCCACCGGCUCCUACGACCCAGACACCACCACCACGCUGCAGCGCCUGACCUUCACCUGGUCAUGCGUGCGCGAGGACUACCCUUCCCCCUGCUUCUCAAGCUCGGCGCAGGGGGAUGCAGACAGCGUCCCCGGCGUGUGGAGCAUCCCUCCAGGGCUGCUGACAACCAACGUUUGGCAUACAUUCACCGUGACGGUGUCAAAGGAGGUGGCCGCUGGCGCUUCAGCUCUACAGUCAUCAGCCACCGUGAAGAUUCGGCCACGCUUCUCCGCUGACCAGUACCCGCGCGGUGUCCUGUAUCGGGAAUGUGCCGGCGGCGUUUGCACCGGCCCACACGGCACCGAUUCCGCUUUGACGAUGAUGUUGGUGAUUGCCAAUGGCUUCUACGACGCCAGCGUGGAGUGGUACAUUGAGGAAAUUCCUACCGUGGCUGCAAUCGCGGCGGCGGGCGGCAAGAACAACUCCGGCAGCAGCGGCACCUACUUCCUUACCAUUCCCUCCUCACAGCUGCCAAACAAUCGCGCCACUGCAACCAUCACAGCCACCAUGACCACCCCGGAAGGCCUCACGGGUCUGGCCACUCGCACUGUGCCCCUCAAUUCCGCCCCGUACUGCAGCCUUGCUGAAAGUAGUGCCAUCAAUAGCACCGCUGCUGCCGCCUGCCUAAGCAUAGAGACGUUGGACGACACCUUCCCGACGGCAACGUUUGUCAUUCGGGGUCAAGGCUGGGUUGACGGUCAGGAUUCCCAGCUACGUUACGAAUUUGGGAUCCGUGACAUUCGCAGCGACGGCCGGAUCGUGGAUGCUGUCCGCCAAAUCAGCACCGGAUUGUCGGCAACAAUAACUGGUCUUUUGCAGGGCGAUGCCACAUUGUACGGAUGCGCGCUUGACAGCUGGGGAUCCCGUUCCUGUGGUGUCAUUACCGUGACGGUCAAGCCGCCAGCAGCUGACUUUGACUUGGUGGCAGCGGCAACAGCAAUCGACGUAGACCUUGUCGUGCAAUGGAACAGUGAGGGAGCAUUGCUGCAAGCCGGUCAUAAGCUCGCUAGCCUGCUGCAAUCAGCAACCAGCAACAGCUCAAGCGGCAGCGACACCACAAACACCGGCAGCAUAACUACAACCGCUGACACGGUUGCCAUCCUUGCUUCACUCGCUCAAGUCGCGGACACUCAAGGUGUGGCGCUCAUCAGUGCAAUCCUCAACACAACCAUCAUGGAGGAUCAUGACCAGGCGCUAACUGCCACCACCUUCAUUUCUGUCAUCGCGAGCAGUACCUCCACAACGCUGUCGGAUAGCUCCCGGGAUAUUAUCAUGGAGGCAGCAAAGGUCGCUGCCGCCACCCUCUCCAACGCCACCACCACCGCCACCACCAGCACCCAAUUCCUGUCGCAUAUCUGCCAGCUGCUCGGGAUCUCCCUAACCACUUCCAGCACAAACAGCACCACGGCGGCCUCCUCCACCGUCAGCAGUAGCCGCCACCGUGCAUUGCUGCAGGAUGCCUCUAACGGAGGAGCUUGGAGCGAUACCGUCAGCCGUGCCAUAUCCCGACUUCGGGACUACCGUACGGUAGUGGAGCACUUGAGUGAUACACUUGGCGACCAAGCGGUCCCGGGAGCCAGUUAUAUGGCUGCCGGUGAUGCUGGUGUGUACGUGUCUGCCAUUGCGCUGCCGGAGCCCGCUGACAAGGACUACCCGAUGACUUGGGCUCGCGUCCUCGCCGGUCCGGAAGCCCUAGCCGCUGGUACAAGCAGCAGCAGCAGCGCGACUAGGCGUCAGGCCAUGGGAACGACCCGCACCGUCACCCCAGUGUCCCAUCGCAGGAGCCUAAGGGACACCGCAUCAGCCUCCACGACCUCGAACAGCGCUGAGGCAGAAGUGGUGUUGUAUAACGAGGCUGCCAACAAUGCGCCAGGGUACGGCAUUAACCUGCACUAUGCCCCCAUCUCGUCGACCAUGGUAGCGACAGCGCUAUCGGCCUCACUGCCCGCCUCCAUGGUCGUCCUGCCUACCGGAAUUACAACCGUUACUUGGAAUGCUGCACCCACCGUAAACGCGUCGGCCGUCCCUCAGCUUAAUGGCUACUUUCUCAUCCGCAUUCCCGCGUCUGGCUAUGACGCCUCCAAGACAACAGCGUGUAUGUUGUACGAUGAGACUAAUAACACGGCCGUUGACAACGGCGCUACCUUUGUGUCGUACGAUGAGAGCACGGGCCUGGUUACGUGUCGUUUGUCGGGCAUGGGGAGCUACAUCCUUACCCAAGCGCAGUCUCAGCUAGCUCAGGAGCCAGUAAAAGCCAACACUACCUACUCAAACGUCCCCAGCAGCGCUGGCAGCGGCAACUCAACAAUCGGCUCACAGUCCUCUACAAAGGGGUCCAGCAUGCUGCCCAUCUUGCUGAUCACCAUCGCCUGCGGCUCAUUCCUCACGGUCACCGCAACAUGCUGCCUGAUCAUUGUUGUUGCGGCGCGUCGUCGGCGGCGGCAGGUUUCCCCUGAAUCGUCUCAGAACUUCAAGACGUACAACAAUCCUGCUUCUGCAGACGGAUCUACUGACGACACAUCCCUGACGCCUGAACGCCUUACAGCCACCGGCGAUGGGGCGCCUCAAGCAUUCAGUGCCGAAGGGUUGCCUGUGCCCCCGCUGCGGCCGGUCACACCCCAGCCCGAGCGGCCUGCCACACCGCCACCGCCUUCCAUGGCGACGCCACUGGAUGCUGCGGCGUUAGCAGCGGCCGCGGCGGCAGCAGAUAGACCAUCGUCUUCAAGACGACUGGAGGCACGCACCUCAAGUCCGAACGCACCCGCUGAGACCAUUGUGCCGCCGCCACGGCAGCCGUUUGUGUCGCAUAAGGAGUCAACGGUGGUGCACCUGCCCCCUAUCAGGAACCCAGCGCUUCGGAGAGAGGACGAGGAGGGCCCCAUUGGCAUGGAGGCAGAGGAGCCAACGGCGGUACACCUGCCCCCCAUCAUGAACCCAGCGCUUCGGAGGGAGGACGAGGAGGGCCCCAUUGGCUUGGAGGCAGAGGAGCAUGGGGCGAUUAACUGGUCCGAGCUGCCGCACCGAAUCGGAUCGGAGUUGGGCGGACCAUCGCACACAGCGAACCGGCGUGAGAAUGCGCGUGGCUGGGCUCGGCCCCCGCCGCAGGCUUAAGGUUAUGAUUGGUUAGGAGUUUAAUAGCAAGGUGAAGGUCUGAGGGGUGUGGGAGGCAUCGCCCCCCGAAGCCGCUUCGCGGCGGCGGGGGCUCCGCCCCAAAAGAGCCAGCAGCAUAUGCAGGUUGGACUUGGGACUUGGGACUUGGGGGUACUUGGAUGAUGGCCUUGAGGGCUGAAGGAAGGAAGGUUUCGCGGGGUGUGCGAGUUAGGUGGUGAUGGGUAGUUAAUGACCUUAUAUGCUGUUGCAUUGUUGCGUACUUGGGACAUGGUCGCCGGGUCGGAUCUUACGUUUGCUCGUUCACGUGCCUGCUCAACAAUCCGCCUAAAUCUACCGGGGUGCGUCAACGUUUGCGUCCCCAAUUCCUAUCAUCGUCACGGUUUUGGGUUCUACCUACAAAUGAUGAUCGUGCUUUCAGCUGUUUCUCAUUAUUGUGCAAGGUGUUCAUGCAUCGUCCAACCAGGACUUGCAAGUCAUUCAAGUGGGCUAUAAGUGCGCCUGCUCGUGUCCUCAAAAACCGCACUAAAACCGCAUUUGCGGAUAUGUUCCGCGCCGCCUCAACGCCUUGCUUCAGCACUGGUUUUGAUUUCGUUUAUAUGCACUCAAGGGAUUUCGUGUGGAUGGGACUGACGAGGACAGAAACAGUGACAAGCCGUCCACUGCUCAAGCAGCCACGUGUGACUGGGGUUUGCCGGAGUCUUGGACUGAUCUGGAUUGGUUGAAUGAAUGACCGUUACAAAGGGGCGCUAAAAGGGAAACGAACACGGGUGAUUGGUUGUGGACGUUUGAAAGCAGCUGGGAGCCCGCUGAUGACAUGUAGUACGGCGCUGCAGUGACGCCAUGACACGGAGGGUGUGCAUUGCCAGACGGAACCACUUAACGCCCGUUUGCUUGGAGCAUAUGCUAUACGUGUUUUCCGAUGCAUUCGGCGGACCAGAUAUUCAUUUGUUGGUGAAUGGCUGACGUUUCGUUUGUGAAGACCUGCUGUGUGUGCUGGGGUCGUGCUAGGAUGUUGCAGUGGUUCGUUCUUUUCCUGGAACGGGAACGUGGAAGACCACGUGCAUGCUAGCUGAACAAGCUGUGUGACCAUGGUCUGUGCUGGAUUGCUGCUGUGUAUUGGGCAUAUGUACAUGUGAAUAGCUUUCAUACAGUUAGAGCACAACCUAAAGUGCUUCAUGCAUGACGUGUUGCACGGGCUGUAUGCCGUUGAAAUUUGGCUGCUCGCAGGGAUGGUUGCUUUGGCUGGAGUUUCCAAGCAAGACGGAUCGUCGGUGUGUGGCAGAACGAUGCGAGUAAACGCAUGCCGCGCUCUUUGUUUAUUAUGCCCACAUAGGCUGUGCGUGUGUGCUUGCUUUGCUUUUGGCUCGCUGCACGACUUACUUGGGUGCCACCGCUGCCUCCUCGUACAUACAGAGGACUUGACGUACCGUGUUCGUUUUAACCUAUGCAUAUUCAUGUAUUGUUGUGCAUUCGUAGAUGUGACUUAUAUAGGGCUGCUGUGUAAUCCUGGAAUGCUACAUGCUUUCAUGCUGCAGUUCUUUCUGCUACUUGUGUGUGUGUGCUACAUACCGCCGUGCGUUAAAGUGACCGCCUGUGCGUCAGAAGCCACAGAACUGCUCCCUGCUGCGGCUCACCGUAUUUGUGGGGCCAAUCAAGGGCUGUUAUCGCGUUGGUUCAUUUGUUACUGUAAGCAGUUGUAAGGAGAUAAUAAA